AGUUUUUCAAAAUUUGCAAAAUAUUUUCAUAAACUUUUUAAAUACAUAUUUGGAAAAGAUUUGCAAAAUAUUCUGCAAGUAUUUAUAGAACCAUAUGAAACGUGUCAUAAAACCAAAACAGCAAACCAAUCAAAAAUCUCGAAAUCAAACAUCAAAACAAUUGGAUUUGUUAAUUGUUUAUAAUUGAGAAAGAAUCAACGAAUAAUUGCGAACGUUUUCCACAAUUCAAUCGGAAAGUAAACAAUAUUUAAGACAACGAAGUUCUACAUAAACAUACACUUUUGUUGUUUCACAUUAGUUCGCGCAGUUUUCUAAUUUGAUUUUCGAAAUCGCGUUCCGAUUAUUAUCAAAACAUUGUCGCUGUCGCUGCUGCUGCUGCUGCUGCUGACGCUGUCAACGUCGACGUCGACGUCAAUAUCAACGCAGAUAGUGCACUGGAGGUGCUACGGCAGCAAACUCGUUCGAUUGCUGCACUCAAGAGGAAAUCUCAACUCAAGACGAAGGAAAAAAGCUGCACUUCAUAAGUCCGGCGCGCAGGAAAUCAGUGUUGGCCCCCAUAUUGAGUAAGAUCAAGAAUGGUGCAGAUGCCGCGGAUGCUGGCGAUAAGAAACUUGGCAGUGAGAGCAGCGGAAGCGGUCAUAUAGCAGUUCAAAUCGAACCAGCUAGACGUGUCAAGGUAGAGCUUGCUUAAUACGAGAUCAUUAACAUUUUUGAACUAUCAGACUAAAAUGAAUCCCUUGCAGCGGCAUAGCAUACACGGCAUGAUGGAGGAGGAGAAUACUAUAAGGCCGCAUCAGGAGAUACGACAGCUGACGCUGGAGGAGAAGAAGUUCCUGCUGGCCGUGGAGCGUGGCGAUAUGGCGGGCACACGGCGAAUGCUGCAAUGGGCCCAGGACACGGACAACAUCAACGUGAACUGCGUGGAUCCAUUGGGCAGAACGGCUCUGCUGAUGGCUAUCGAUAAUGAGAACCUGGAGAUGGUGGAGCUGCUUAUUAACUACAAUGUGGACACCAAGGAUGCGCUGUUGCACUCCAUUUCCGAAGAGUUUGUCGAGGCUGUCGAGGUGUUGCUCGAUCACGAGAAUGUCACCUUCCAGACCGAGGGCAAUCACAGCUGGGAGUCCGCUUCGGAGGAAACAUCCACUUUUACGCCAGAUAUCACACCUCUCAUCCUGGCCGCCCAUCGCGACAACUACGAGAUCAUCAAGAUUCUACUCGAUCGUGGCGCCGUCUUGCCCAUGCCACAUGACGUGCGCUGUGGCUGCGAUGAGUGCGUGCAGUCGCGUCAGGAAGAUUCGUUGCGACACUCUCGAUCUCGGAUUAAUGCCUAUCGUGCGCUGGCGAGUCCCAGUCUCAUAGCGCUGUCCUCUAAGGAUCCCAUACUAACCGCCUUCGAGCUGUCCUGGGAGCUGCGUCGUCUCAGCUUUUUGGAGCAUGAAUUUAAGAACGAAUACCAGGAACUGCGAAAGCAGUGUCAGGACUUUGCCACAGCUCUACUCGAUCACACUCGCACCUCGCACGAGCUGGAGAUACUGCUGAACCAUGAUCCCACUGGACCUGUCUACGAGCACGGCGAACGCAUGCAUCUCAAUCGCCUCAAGCUGGCCAUAAAACUGCGCCAAAAGAAGUUUGUGGCCCACUCGAAUGUGCAACAGCUGCUGGCGAGCAUUUGGUACGAGGGUUUGCCGGGUUUCAGGCGCAAGAAUAUGGCAUUGCAGGCAGUGGACAUCAUACGCAUUGGCAUUUUGUUUCCCAUCUUCUCGCUGGCCUACAUCCUGGCACCCUACUCCAGCAUUGGGCAGACAAUGCGCAAACCCUUCAUCAAGUUCAUUUGCCACAGCGCCUCGUACUUCACAUUUCUGUUCCUGCUGAUGCUCGCCUCACAGCGCAUCGAGAGCUUCAUUGGCAGCUGGUUCUGGUCAGACACGAGCACGCUCAACCAGCUCAAUAAUCCAACGGAUGAGCUGCAGCUGCCGACGAAACGUGGCGCCAAACCAACCUUCAUUGAGUGGCUAAUACUCGCCUGGGUGAGCGGACUCAUCUGGAGUGAGGUGAAGCAGCUGUGGGAUGUCGGUUUGCAGGAGUAUCUCAAUGACAUGUGGAACGUGAUUGAUUUCGUGACCAAUUCGUUAUAUGUGGCAACAGUUGCGCUGCGUGUUGUCUCCUUCUUUCAGGUGACGAACUCUGACAAAGGUCAUUCAACUUCGGCAGUUCUGAAAUGUCUUUUCUGUAAACAGGUUCAAAAGGAAAUGAUCUUCAACUCGCAGGCAACUGAUUUGCCGCGUGAGCGUUGGGACACCUGGGAUCCAAUGCUCAUAUCCGAGGGCCUCUUUAGUGCGGCAAACAUUUUCAGUAGCCUCAAGCUGGUGUACAUCUUCUCGGUGAACCCACACUUGGGACCACUGCAAGUGUCGCUGUCGCGCAUGGUCAUGGACAUCAUGAAGUUCUUUUUCCUCUAUGUUCUGGUCCUCUUUGCCUUUGGCAGUGGUCUUAAUCAGCUGCUCUGGUACUAUGCGGAUUUGGAGAAGAAACGCUGUCCGGAGGUCUCGCCCAGCCUGCUGCUGCACAUGAAUGGCACCAACGAUCCCAAUGCCUGCAUUGUCUGGCGACGUUUCUCUAACCUUUUUGAGACCACGCAGACCUUGUUUUGGGCCGUCUUUGGCCUCAUCGAUUUGGACAGCUUUGAGCUGGAUGGCAUCAAGAUCUUUACUCGCUUCUGGGGCAUGCUCAUGUUUGGCACCUAUUCGGUCAUCAACAUUGUGGUGCUGCUCAAUCUGCUGAUUGCCAUGAUGAAUCACUCCUAUCAGCUCAUAUCGGAACGCGCUGAUGUGGAGUGGAAAUUUGCCAGAUCGAAGUUGUGGAUCAGCUACUUUGAGGAAGGCGGCACCUGUCCACCGCCUUUCAACAUAAUUCCCACACCCAAGUCCAUUUGGUAUGCCAUCAAAUGGAUGCGUCGUGUCUUCUGCAGUGGCUCCUCCGCCGCUCGACGCGAGCAUCUCAAAACCAUACGCCGCAAGGCUCAGCAGGCUAGUGAUCGGGACUUCAAGUAUCAGCAGAUCAUGCGCAAUCUGGUGAGGCGCUAUGUGACCGUGGAGCAGCGCAAGGCAGAGUCUCAGGGUGUUACCGAGGACGAUGUGAAUGAGAUCAAACAGGACAUUUCCGCAUUCCGCUGCGAGCUAGUCGAGAUACUCAAGAACAGCGGCAUGGACACCAAUGUGACAGCAGGCCAAGGAGGAGGUGGAGGCGGCAAGAAGAAUCGCCAGAAGGAGCGUCGUCUGAUGAAGGGUUUCAAUAUUGCGCCACCUGGUUCCACUGGCUCCUUGGCACCUGUGGCUGAGUUCUCCACGUCGCUGGACAACUACGACAAUCAGCACGAGAUACUCAGUUCCACGUUGUCCACACUUUUCACGCCCAAUUUUAUGCAUCGUCGCCAGCACACGACGACAGACACCGUAGUGGGCGUGGAUUCGCCCACUUCGCCUACCCAAGGUGGCAAUGUGGCAACGACUUCAGUGCCGCCUGCAACCAACAAGUACAACAAGACCACGCUGAAGUAUAACAAGCGCAUUGCGGGCCACAAGAAACGUUGGGGCACACUCAUUGAGGCCGCCAAGGUGGGCAAUGUCAGCAAGAUGCUGGGACGCUCCAAGUCCGAGGAUUCUGUUUGCAAUUCCCUGCAGAACUCGACGCCUGUGCAUGGCCAGGUGCGUGUCACCUAUGCCCAGAACUCGCCCCAGCACAGCUAUGGCUACUACGCUGGCGAACCCUCUGCAGCGGCUCCAACUCCGCCGUAUCCAACGCCUCCAGCAGCAACAGCAGCAGCAGCUCCUACUCCGGCGCCAAGCAGCGCACACACACACAUGGGCGUGGGAGCGCACUUCUUUCACACGACCACCGGUUUAACGGCCAUUGCUGCUUUGAAGCGCAAGCGUAAAAAGUUCUCGUCCAGCAAGAACAUUUGUCCGGUUACCGAGUCCAUUGCAGCGACCAAUGCAGCGGAGCUGCUCAACGACAAGACGCUCAAGCGCGUCUCCAGCUAUCCGGCAGCCACAGCGGAGGGCGGUGUGCCACACAAGGAUCCCGCUCAGGUGCUGAGACCGCGACGACACGAGCAGACACAGAGCCAGCACGAUUCGGUGGAGACCUCAACGGAGUUCACCAUGUCCAUUGAUCCAUCGAACACGUCUGUCAAUUCUCGAGAGCCUCUGAUUAGCAACAGCUGCGUCUCCACAAUGGGCGCCAUUGGUUGAUCACUCCUCACCACACGACACUUCUUAUAGUAUUAGCACCGAGAAUACACUAAACAGAUAUUGCAUAUAUAGUACUAUAUGUAAUCACGACCUUGUCAUAGUCAUAUCACCGAUAACCAAAUAUCAAAUUCAAGCUUCGGCGUGUCGAAGUUUCAAUAGCCUUGUGAAAGAGUUGAAAUUAGUUGUCUGAUGAAUCCGAUUAAAAUGAAAUAACUCAUGAAACAUAUCAAACUUUGAUUAUUUAUAAUCUAUAGUAAUUCAAUCCCUUUGAUAUAAACUGAAAACUAAACAAUUCAUUUCACAAGGACCUUAAUGUCACCUCUAACCGAUCAUUGCACAUAACUAUAAUUGGUUAUUGCUUCUAUCCCAGCCACAUAUCAUGUGAGUGCAUUUAAACCGACGAUUAAAUACCCUCCUACAGGGGGUAAACGAAUUUCUUUUCUUCAAAUCGUUAUAUCAAAUACCAAUAAAACCAUCCCAUAUCGAUGUUGACAGUUGCCUUAGCAUGAGAAAUAUUUUUUGUAUGCAACUAUAAACUACCUACAGAUAUAUAUACUACGGAUAUUUAUAUAUACAAUAUGGUAUCUAAAAAUACAAAAACAUAACAUAUAUAUUGAUCGAUUUAUAUGUAUGCAUAAGGUAUAAGGUAGACAAUGCAUAAGUUUUGGAUGAACAUUGAAUUGCUGUACUUGUACUUGUAUUUAGGGAAGCGCUGUGUAUUCUUCAUUUCAGAAGCGAGGAUUUGAGCCAAGGAUUUUUGCAAAGCAGUUAAAUAAGAUACGUUACGCAUACGAGGCGUACGCCAGGCAUACUCGUAGCAUACACCAUAAAUUUUAUACACCGAUUUUAAGCAACGCAACAAAACAAACAGAAACACCAAACGAAUUGAAUAAUAUCGAUAAUGAUUUUAGCGUCUAUACUAAUAUAUAAUAUAAUAAUACUAAUAAACGUAAAACAAAAACAAAAAGAAACAUAUAGCAUAUGUAUCUGUAGAAUAAAUAUUGCGAAUGCAUAUACUAAAUUUUAGAUGAGUUUUAAGUUGUAAGGAAACGCAUAUGGUUACAAGUUUUAGAUUGACACAACAGCAACAAACAGAACAAGUAGAAACUAACACGAAAAUAACAUAUUAUCCAAAUUAACAAAAAUAUACAUAAACUACGAGUCGCAAAUACAUCUAUGUAGGUACUUAAAAUGUUAACAAUACGAGUACGAGUCUAUCAAAUAUUAAUGCUAUGUCACAGCAAGUCAAAAGAACUACCACUACUCCAAGUAUUUGAAUUAACCCUUCGAUAUAUUGAUAAUCUAUUUAUUAACUGCGACAUAGUAAUUGCAAAUCUACAUAUCAACGAAUACGACAACGUCCGACUUGAAACAUUAUCAGUGUCAGAGCAAAAAGAGCAUUUAAGAUAAAUACUUCGAAAAGACAUGUUCCUAUUGCGAGAUAUUUCAUUCAGUAAAUGGUCCGAUUUCAAUAAUACUAAUAAGCAACUAAAAGUAAAACGUUUUAAGUACGCACAUAAAUGAAACACACAUGAAACAACAUGAAUUACGAAUAACCAAUGCUGGAGUUUAAUUUGAUGGCAACUAAUGUUAUUGUCUUUGCCUUCGAAUGUUCAACUCCGAUACUCAACAAUAAAGUUAUAAUACAAUGCAAUACAAGAAUAAUAGCAAAAAUAUGUGGAAUUCAUUUUCGAAAUGGGAAAUUUUCGUAUACUAUGUUCUAUCAAUAUUCUGACCUUUGCAGGUGGAAUGUCAAGUAAACAUAAUAAAAAAUUGUUAUUUGCACAGAAAAUAAA